GAGUCGGGAAGUGUCUCUCUUCAACAGAAACAGCUUUAGAAACAUGGCUGUGCAAAGCUGGAUUGAUAUCCUGAAAUCGUCCAAGAAAACAGCUUUGAUACACGAUGGAAAAAGGAAGAUCCACUACCUCUUUACAGAUGGAAAAGAAAUGGCAGAGGAGUAUGACUUACAAACAGAUGAGCUCAUCGUACGAAAGUGGCGUAAUAAAAGCACACUUGGAGCAAAGGGCCAAUGGCAGGUAGAAGUUGGGGAGCCAAUUGCAGGCCCUGUCACUUCUUUGGAUUCGGAUGUGAUCAAGGAGAACUGCUCCAAUCCUGUAUUCAUGCGUAAAGACACAAAGUCCAGCUUCCAGUGGCGAAUCCGCAACCUCCCCUACCCCAAAGACGUCUUCAGCGUUUCUGCGGAGCCGUCUGAGAGAUGCAUCAUCAUAAAAACCUCCAACAAAAAGUAUUAUAAGAAGUUCAGUGUUGCUGAUUUAGAUCGCAGUCAGCUGCCAUUGGACAACUCCGCCCUCAGCUUCACUCACGCCAAUAACACUUUAAUUGUCAGUUACAAGAAACCUAAGGAGAUCUUAACCCUUGAACAGGAGCUACUGAAGGAGCUGAAGAAACUGAAGGGGACCAGCGAAGGGGACGUCGACUGCAAGACUCAGUGAAUUCCAACUGUGGGAGCGGGAGGAUGAUUCUGUGUUGCAUUCAAAGCAGAACCUCGCUGCGUUAUUUUCCAGUCACAUGUGAGCCCUUGUUUAUUUUUCUUUCAUGGAUCCCUUCAUUGAGAAGACCUUUGCAAAGUGCCUUGUCAAUGGUUUAAGGCUUCUAAUUGUGUUUACUAAUGAGAUGGUUCAUUUAUUGUUAGAGUUGUUAGUGUUGAAAGUUGCUCUGCCAUCUAUAUUUGAUACAGACAUAUUCUGCAAAACAUACCAUGUGUGUUUUGAUGUCUCAUAAACAGAUUUAUUAACGUUGCAGCUGACCUGUGGCAUUAUGAAUGGAAUUAUGAAAUGAAGUAUUUACAUAAAAA